CAACAAGUCAACUUUCAAUCACCCAUAUUGCUUUUCAAUCAAUCGAGGCUCGCUACCACUUUCUCGAAUAUUUCGAAACUGCCAAGAGAUAGAGAAGUUCUCCCGUUCGGUCCAGGCAGAUUCUCGGCUGAUCGCGCCGCUUCAUCGGAUUUGUUCGUAUCCACCUGAACAAGGAUAAUUUCCAUCAUGUUCGUUCGAUCCACCGCAAUUCGAGACUUGGCGCCAGGCGCUUGCCUUUGCCUAGCAGGCAAUACUUGUCUCGGUUAACCUUGGAUGUCCAAUGGGAACAAUGUGAUUCUCAGCUGAAAGCUUCUCCAACCUGAUCUGGUGGUUGUGCUGUGCUCGCUCGGGUAACCACCAAAAGGAGGCAGAGCUUGUUUGUUUGUUGGUGAUCGACAUGCAUGUGGAUACACACAGGCGUAUCAUCUUACACGCAGCUGCAUGUACCCCUGGAACUACUGCAAGCUACGAAUCGUACAUUCACGAGCCAAACGUUGGAUUCAACGGUGAGAGAACAAUAACUUGAGACUUUGGUGUAAAGCUCUCGCCACAAUGGUCAACGUUCUCUGCAUCUGACAGAUGAACGUGGCAUUACACUACCAAGCCCAUCUGGUGACAUACAAUCUCAGGCUUAUCCGUCCUAAACCCGCUACCAAGAGAUUAGGCCCAUCCGGUUUCCGAUAGUCUCGCAAAAACCCAAGUGGUUCAGCCGACGUGAAACUUUAGACCGUUGUUUAAUGGGACGAGGCGUCAUGCAUCAACGCCUCAGCGCUCUCCACGCAACCGAUGAUCCACAUGCGACAGUGGCAUCGGUACUACUGAAGCUGGAAAGAUCCUUUCUCUAAUUAGAAACAGAGAAAAGAAACAGGUCAGCUACUCACCGGGAAGAGAUUACAACGUCGAGUGGUGUGUGAGCAAUUACUACGCACUGACGGUCAUAUCUACAGGGGACCCCAUAUUGAGGAGUUCUAGACACAUGCCGUCCCGUUGAUGAACUGCAGGGUUUAUUUAAGCGUCUUUUGUUGGGUUUGUUUCUUGAUCGAGCCCUUCAUAGUCACAGAGCUAGAAAGAAAGCUCUAUGGAGAGACCAGGGGCCUGGAAUUGUCGUGCCGAGAGUUCUCGGCGUCUGGUCAAUACGACUUGAUAGAGGCAUUGGAGACUGCAGAGGCCUCUGGCAUAUAUAUACAUGAUGCUCCUCUCCUGUCUGCUGAGUUCUGUAACAGGUGAGCCACCAUCACUCUACGUUCUUUUCUCCCGUCAUUCUUUUCGUUAUACACUCGUUCUUAAUCUGCUUCUCAUACACUCGCUAGAAGCACUAUUCGCUCUUUUAUACAAACUUGAUUCACUCAUUAAUAUUUCUCACUACUAUCAAACUAUCUUUCAUCGCAACUAUGAAGUUUACCGUCCUUAUUGCAGCUGCUCUGGCUGCUGCGCCUAUCCCAGAGGCUGCUGCUCACCCUGGCAUGGGAGAGACCAUCAAGGAGAUCGAACGAAUUGCUGCUCGUAGCUGGGGCAGUGGAUGGGGUGGAAACAAGUGGCCAGGACAAGGCAACGGCGGCGGGUCAAGCUCGUGGCCUGGUCAGAAUAAUGGAGGAAGCUCUAGCUCUUGGCCUGGACAAAGCAAUGGCAAUGGAGAUGGUUCCAGUUCUUGGCCUGGACAGACCAACAGUGGCGGUUCAAGCUCCUGGCCCGGCCAGAGCAGCGGAGGUAGUGGCAGUGGCAGUGGCAGUGGCAAUGGUAACGGCAAUGGCUGGUCCGGAGACAACUUUGAUGCCCACUCCCUCAUUGGCGACCUUGUCACCAUCAGUGACAAGUCACUCACUUCAGUCGGCAGAGACAUCAAGAAGAUCCUUCAAGGCAACGGCAACCCCACCAGCCGCGAGCGCUAUUUUGGCUGCCCUUCCAUGAACUCUCAACGUUGCAAGCGUGAUACCUGCUGUGUUUGGCAGUACAUCUCCAACGAACUCGAGGACAAGUUCAGGGGUGAGGCAGGCCGUUGCACGCGAUGGGCUCGAUAUGCUGUACGCAUUGGCUUCCACGAUGCCGGUACCUGGUCUCUCAAGACCGCUUCCCAAGGCGGUGGUGCUGAUGGCUCCAUCAUUCUCUCCAACGAGCUCACCCGUGGCGAGAACAUGGGUCUUCAGCAGAUUGGCGAGUACUACCAGACCAUCUACAACAAGUACCACACUCAGUAUGGUUUCACCCAGGUCACCAUGGCUGAUCUUAUCCAAAUGGGCUCCAACAUUGCUGCCGUUACCUGCCCUCUCGGUCCCCGUGUUCGCUCCUUCGUUGGACGCAAGGAUAGCACGAAAGCCAACCUCGGCGGUCUUCUGCCUCGCGUUGACUCUGAUGCUCUCACUCUGAUUAACCUCUUCAAGGACAAGACAAUUGGCCCCGAUGACCUUGUUGCCCUUAUCGGCGCGCACACAACCUCUCAGCAGCAUCACACCAACAUUGAUCGUGACGGUGACCCUCAGGACAGCACUCCUGGUGUCUGGGAUAUUCUCUUCUACCAGCAAACCAUUGAUCAGAAUGCCCCCAAGCGUGUCUACAAGUUCCCUAGUGAUGUGGCUCUCGCCAACCAUCCUCUCACUCAGCCUGCUUUUGAGGCCUUUGCCAGCGGCAGCACUGGUCAGGCCGCUUGGAACGUGGACUAUGCCCGUGCCUAUGUCCGUCUCAGUCUUCUAGGUGUAAACAACAUCAACGACCUUACCGAGUGCACAAAGGUCCUCCCUCAACCCGUCGAGUCCUACCGCCACAAGGACAAGGGCCGAUUCAACAAGUGGCUCCAGACCGAUGAUAACUCGUGGACCUCCAAGAGUGUCUCCAAGGAUGUCGACGAUGGUUACGAGAUCUCUGUCCCUGAGAACAAGAUUCCCUCCAGGCGUGGUCCUUGGAAGACAUGGACCAGCACAUUCAAGUGGUGGUAAACGUGGCUCGACAGCACAUCUUCUAAUAAUGGCCACUCGGCGACAGUAUGUUGUUACGCAUAAAUAGUGAGUCGAAGACUGGCGUUUUGGGUUCAUGAGACAGCGCAAGGGAGACAGGACUUCAUCAUAGCAGCUAAUGCCAUUCGCGUGGCCCUUUUAAUUUUUAAUUCUUUGACUUCGGGCUUUCUGGCCAGCCGAGAUCUUUCGCUAAUAAUCCCCGCGAAUAAUGAGACGUUUAAACCUUUGUAAGCUUGCUGAUCGGGAAGAUUGAGGGCAUUGUCCUCACUUACCAAACAGUCCAUUCACGAGUCUGUCCAAAGUAGAGAAGUCUUCC